AUGGACAAAUCAACACGUUCCAACAGUGAUGAUAAUAUUUCAUUAGAUCCAAUAUCAAAAAUUAUACAUUCCAAACCAAUAUUUCAUGGCGCUGGUCAAAUGAGUUUUGGUACUAAAGAUGAUAGUUCAACAAUGCUAUCAUCAAGUGAAUAUAUUGCUUCAUCACCAUAUUAUAAUUCUUCAUCAGCUAUAGCCGGUUUUACGAAAGAUCAAAUACAACAAAUGACAACGAUGUCAAUUGUAGAACAACAACUAACUAUUGCGCAUACAAAAGAAUUAUCAUUACCGAUGGAUUUUUUACCUGGUGAAGAAGAUGUGAAAUUAAAAGAAUAUAUAACUUAUCAUAUUCAUAAACAAAAAGUAACAUAUCAUGGUGACUUAAUUCUAACUAAAUAUCGUUUGUUGUUUGUUACAAACUCAUCAGAAUCUGCUCAAAUUCUUGUUGAUGUACCAUUAGGAAUGAUUAGUCAGAUAGUAAAAGUCGGUGGGCAAACGCGUAGUAAUAUAAGUGAUAAUGCUGUAUAUGGAAUUGAAAUUAAUUGCAAAGAUCUUCGACAUUUCUUUUUUGGCAAUGCUAAAGAACAAAAUCAACGGCGUAAUUUAUAUGAUAAAUUAAAUCGUUUAAUUUUUCCAUUUUCAAUUCGUAAAGCAGACAUUACAAAUCCACAAGCAUUUUUUAGUUCUUUCUUUGCUUGGAAUUAUAGAAAAGCAAUGUGUCCAGACAAGAUUGAUGACGGUUGGAAAUUGUAUAAUGAAAUAAAAGAAUAUACAAGAAUGGGUAUUCAAUCGGUUGGUGAUGCACAUUGGAUCAUAAAUAUUGAAAUCAAUAAAAAUUAUACAUUUUGUGAUACAUAUCCACAUAUUCUUGUUCUUCCGUCCAAUUUUGCGACAUCAAGACUAGAUAAUGUCGCUAGUUUUCGUAGUCGAAAUCGUAUUCCAGUUCUUAGUUGGUAUUGUCGUCAAACUUAUGCAACAAUAACUCGAUCAAGUCAACCAUUAACUGGUCUUAAUCGAAAAUGUCAAGAUGAUAUGGAUUAUUUACAUGAAAUAGCAAAUACAAAUGUAAAUGAAGGUUCAAAAUUAUUUAUUAUCGAUGCACGUCCAAAAGUAAAUGCACUAGCUAAUAAAGCUAAUGGUGGUGGAUAUGAAGAUUAUUCAGAUUGUGAUCUUGAAUUUCAAAAUAUACAAAAUAUUCAUGUUAUGAGAGAAAGCCUUAAUAAAUUACAUUCGACCAUACGACAAGGAUCACAAGAAGAUAAAGCAUGGUUAAAUGAUUUAGGAAAUUUAAAUUGGUUAUUACAUAUUCGAGCAAUUUUAACUUCUGUCAAUCGAUUAGUUUCUUUAGUUCAUAAUGAUAAACGUUCAGUAUUAGUACAUUGUUCAGAUGGAUGGGAUCGAACAUCGCAGCUGACUUCAUUAGCAAUGUUAAUGCUCGAUCCAUACUAUCGAACAUUAGAUGGUUAUAUGAUUUUAAUAGAAAAAGAAUGGAUUAGUUUUGGUCAUAAAUUCUUUUUCCGUAUUGGUCAUGGAGAUAAAAUUUAUUCGGAACGAUCACCUGUCUUUCUUCAAUUUCUUGAUUGCACAUAUCAAUUAUUACAACAGUUUGAAUCAACUUUUGAAUUUAAUGAAAAAUUCUUAUUAACCAUAGCCGAUUAUUUAUAUUCAUGUCAAUAUGGUACAUUUUUAUUAAAUUCUGAAAAAAUUCGUACUGAUAUGCAAAUAUCAGAGUAUACAAUGUCCGUAUGGACACCUAUGUUACAUAAUCGUCAAACAUAUUUAAAUUCUAACUAUGACACAUCAUUUGAACAAAUUUUACAAAUAAAUACUUCAAAUCAAAUUAAACUUUGGAAAAAUUAUUAUUUUCGUUAUAUGCCUGAUUAUCAAUCAACAUUAGUAAAUUAA